CUCACAUCUCCUCCCCUCCGCCACCGCCUGCUUGUCAAGCCGAGCCUCCUCCUCCGCGUACUGUCCCCUCCCAGCGGGUCUCCCUCCCUUGGCCACUGCAGCGAAAGCCUCGGUAAAGGCGAGAGAGACGGAGAAAGAGAGCCUGAAGCUGGGUGUGAAAGCCAGGACAAGACCUCAGAAAGCACCACAAACAAAUUUUACUUUUUGUUUCUCGCCACAGUUCCGGCGGCCUUCCGACUUCCCCCCCCUGUUGAACCUCCUUUCCGUUCACUUCGGCUGGAUUUCAUCAUCCGACCUGCAAGAUGGGAAAUGAAGCCAGUUACCCCCUGGAGAUGUGCUCACAUUUCGAUGCUGAUGAGAUUAAGAGGCUAGGGAAGAGGUUUAAGAAACUCGACCUAGAUAACUCCGGCUCUCUCAGCGUGGAAGAGUUUAUGUCCCUGCCGGAACUGCAACAGAACCCGCUGGUGCAGAGGGUUAUCGACAUAUUUGACACAGACGGGAAUGGAGAGGUGGACUUUAAAGAAUUCAUUGAGGGAGUCUCGCAGUUCAGCGUCAAGGGGGACAAAGAACAGAAGCUUCGAUGUGAGUCUAGCUCUUCUUCAAAACCCCACGUGGCUAAAGUCGCUUUCAGGAUCUACGACAUGGAUAAAGACGGGUACAUCUCAAACGGCGAACUCUUCCAGGUGUUGAAGAUGAUGGUGGGCAAUAACCUGAAGGACACACAGCUCCAGCAGAUCGUGGACAAGACCAUUAUAAACGCAGACAAGGACGGCGACGGCAGGAUAUCCUUCGAAGAGUUUUGUGCAGUGGUCGGAGGUCUCGAUAUACACAAAAAGAUGGUGGUGGACGUGUGAGCGCACCUCUACUUGCUGUCUCACCCCCCCCCUUCCUCCUCAACACUUGCUUUCUCCACCAUCUCUUUGAAGAUCUGCUCAAGACGUCCAGCAAAACGCUCUCUGUGUAACUCAAUGGAAGUAUUCUCUCUUUCUCUCUCUCUCUGUCUCGCUGUGAAGCCACUUUUUCUUUAUAAAACCACAGGCCUCGCAAAGCCAACCUUGAAGUGUUAUUGAACUGUAAAACCUCUCAAUAACCCGGUCGUAGCACUUGAAGAGACUGAAGGACAUUAUGUGUCAUUCGCACGAGCAUCUCUGAUUGUGGAUGAGAGGGGGGAAACAGUAGGGGAAAGAGGGCACAGUGAAGAGCCUGGUUGGCGUGUUCAUAUUUCAUCUUCUUUUUUUUCUUCUUUUUUUUUUUGGUAAUUGUUAUUUUUGAUAUUUAUUUUUUUGUUCUCGUCUUUUAUAAAGAAGAAAAUACAAGUAUAUCUUUGGUUGUCUCGUGAUGGGAAGGGUAUAGUAUUUGAACACUUGACUUACAGUACAACUAGAAAGUAGGGUAUGAAGUGCCAACCAGAACAUAUCCAGAAACCAGUCCGAGUUAUUACCUAUCAUCACCGCUGUCGAUCAUUGUGACAUUUCCUACUGCAAAUGAAAUUUCAGAUUUGCUGACAUUUUGUCCUCCGUUUUAGCUUCCACACACCAUGUUUUGGAUUACACCCGUGAAUGCUUUGCUAACUCUUAGCAAAAAUACUCAUGAUUUUUUUUUGAUACGGUUGCUAGUUUGAUUCAUACUUAAGAAUGUGUUUAUAUCGUUUGAGAUAAUCCUUGUUUUUCCUGUCAUGAAAUUAUAGGUAGAUUAUUAAAUGCCAAGAAAAUGUCUUUCCGAAAUAAUCUGUGGCUGCAAACUUCUACAUGGUUUACUCUUGAUGAAGCAUUUUUUUGCAUUUCAGCGUACAUCCAAAAAACAAUCUGUAAUGCAAAGAACAGCUCUGCACUCCAAUGAUUUAUGAAAGACAGUGGGGUCAUUUCAAGACUUUGGUUGAUUUUCAGGAGAGGCUGGAAGGACCUGGCUAAAAACAGAGUAAUAGUAUGAGAGUGAAUAAUGGUGAGAUUAUACACCGUUUGUGCUAGUGUAUAGCAUUUAAGAGACUUAUCUGCAGGCAGCGUUUUUUAACUAAUAUGUGUAUAUUAGGUAAUCAAUUUGUGUUCAUCCUCUCUAACAGCGAGAGGAGAAGGCUUUGCCUCUGCUUCACAUGAGCCCUUCUGAAUACUUACCUUUUUCAGUACAGUGCAGGACGGGUCAGUUUCUUCGGCCUGACACGAACACUUAAAAUCUUAACGUUGGCGUGAUCAGAGUGCAAUGGAAUAGAAUGUAUAUUGUAGUUUGUUUAUAUUUGAAAGUGUACAUUUCAAAAGUUGGCUUCUUCUCCCACUUUUUUUCUGUCAGAUUCACCUCACUUCUCCCUCUCGCACCAACUGAAACCAUCAGGGAGAAAAACAUAAAUUCAACUAAAUUUGAACAACUAAGGGAAACAUGCUUCCGUCUAUACACAGCAUCGGGAAAGCAGCUUUGGGUUUUGCUUUGGAGGUUAACUGCUGGUUUGAACAGAAGUUUUCAGUCAGAGACAUGACUGGAGUGCUCUGUCGACCCUUAAUCCCAAAGCUCUGCACGGCUUUGGCCUCCCUGUGCUUGCAUGACAUGGAAAUAUAUUUUUUUGUUGUGCAUGUAGAUCAACUUUUUGAAAUAAUCCUCUUGUUUACACAUGGAUGGUGAUGUUAAUAUAUUUAAGAAUUUAAUGGUAUACAAUAUGGAUGUUGCCAAAUUUUGGUAAAUGUACACAUAUUAUGAGAGGUAAUCCAAAUGAACUGAACUACAUGUAACUUUUUUGUAUUUACCCGGGUCAGCCAGAUGCUUCUAUUCCAGUAAAAGUUGCAUAUCUGAUCCUGUCUCAAACUGCCACACACUGUACUCUGCUUAAAUGGGAAAUUUUGAUGUUUUUUUUUUUCUUUCUUUUGUAUAUAAGUAUUUGUUAAAUGCAAUUCUGGCUCUCUGUUCUCUGUAUAGUUCAGACCACGCUUUAGUUUGUAAGUGCUUCUUUUCUCUGAGGGACUUGGGUUCAUUUUAGUUUGUGUGGGGAUAUCUGAAAGAUUUAAGUUUGAAAACCUUUUUUUUUCUUUUCUGCAUGCUGCAUCUUAUGCUGUGGGACUGUUGGAAACUUGAUACUGUAUGAAAAUUAAAUAAACUUUAAAUAAACUUUGAACUGUUGAAAGUAA